AUGGCUUCUUCUUCAAAUAAUAUUUUACAAAACUGUUUAAAUGAAACUUCAGUGGUUUCGGCCACAGUUUCAACAAAUAUGAUUAUUGAUUCACCAACUGUACCUAUUCAAAAUGAACUUUCGUCCAAUGUUACACUUGAUGGUUUCCAACAAGUAGAAAAUAAAAAGAAAAAGAAAAUCAAGCGCAAACUUGCGACAUCUGCAACUCAGAAAAAACGGACACGUUAUCAAACAAAUAUUAUUUCAAAACCUGUUGCAUCUUCACCUUUGCUUUCUAUGCCAGACCCUAUGGCUACUGAACCCGUUCUACAUAAGAUAGUUCAACAUGUGGGAGAUACUCAUCAUGUACAAGAUGUUCAACAAGUUCAAAAAGCUCAUGGAUUGCAAGAUAUUCAGCCAGUCUCAAAUGAUCCAGAAGUUCAAGGUGCUCUGCCUGCAUCUCAUCCGGAACAGAUCUCAAUCACUACUGAAUCUACUCGUUAUGCUCAAACACGUUAUCCUUUCCCCCCAUUUAUUAUUAGAUUCAAUUCUGGUAAAGUUACAUCAAACAAAAUUAAAGAAGGUUUAAUUGCUUAUUGUAACCAAAAAUAUCAAAUGGAAAUCAAUAUCUUAAAUUGUCGUUUAUCUAAUAGAAGUUCAAACAAUGAUUAUGAUUUUCUUGUUUUCUUAAAAGAUGCUUCUUCUUUUUCCUUUCUAUUGGAUCAAAACCAUUGGCCUAGUACCUUUAGUAAUGAAGAUUAUACAUUUCCAUAUUCUCCUUCCAUUCCACCACAACUAUCUUUAUUAAUCAAAAAUGUAGAUCUUCGCUUGGAUUUCAACGAAUUUUGUCAAGAAAUUAAAACACGUUAUCCACAAAUCAAAAAUGUUAUUAGGUUAAAAAACAAAUUUAACAAUGAUAUUAAAUUAGUUAAACUUGAAUUAACCUCUUCUUCUGUUCGUGAAGAAUUAUUACUUAAAAGAAAAAUUACUGUUGACUAUAUAGUCUAUGAUAUCGACGAAUAUUUAGCACCUGCAAAUAUUUUAAUUUGUUCGAAAUGCAUGGGCUUAGGUCACUUCAUGAAACAAUGUACCCAGGUCAAGAGUACAUGCCGUACAUGUGGCGAUUGCGCUGAUGAUUUAAAAUUACAUGUUUGUUCUAAAAUUGAAAAAUGUAUUCAUUGUGGACAAAAUCAUAAGUCAAAUUCUCUUAAAUGUCAAGUAGUAAAAUCAUUUCGAUCUGAAUUAACACGUAAACUAUUAUCUUCCAUUAAUUGUUCAACUUCUUCCACUACUAACAACAUAAAUAACAUGAGCAAUUCAGGCUUCAAAUAUUUCAGUUCUGAGUUUCCAUCAAUGCCUACGCCUCAAUAUUUACCAACUAAUCAUAAUAAUACUAUGCUAACUAAAUUAGAUGAUUUACUGGGGAAAAUCACAGAAGUAAAUAAUCAUCUUUCUAAUCUUGAAUCCAAGUAUAAUAAAUUUGAACAAUUUAAGACUGAAAAACAAGAAAGUGAUUUAAUUGUUAAAGAAAAUUUAAACUUAUUUUCUAAACAAUCUAUUGAAUUUAAAAAAGAUUUGGUUCAUCAUAGUCUUUUAAUUGAACGACAUGAUAACUUAUUUAUAAAAUUAAUUAUUCCAAUGUUUGAAGAUUUAUUUGGUUUAAUUGCAUCACAAAAUCAGGACAAAAAAGGAAAUAUACUUGAUAUUGAUCUUAAACUUAAACUUGAACGUUAUCUUAUCCAAAUGAAGAAAGCAAAAGAAAGUAAAUAUUCUACCAACUGA